UUUUUUUUACCACUCACCUUUUUCCUUUCCCAACAUCAAUCAACCUUAAAAUUCGUACAGAAUGGUCAGUCUUUUUUGGCUUUAUCCUGGUGAUCUUUUCUAUUUUUAAUACGCUUUCUCAGAGGUCACUUUUAUUCUGGCAUACCUGACUAAUUUCCUUCCCAUAACCGCAAAAACAGUUGAUCCAAAUUGAUUUACUUUCCCUGAGCUAUUCCAAAAAUUUCUUAGUUUGACUUAUUAGGCGAAAUAAAUCGUGAAUAUUUAAAAAAAUUUUAAGAUCUUUUAUAUCCUGGGAGAGGGUGCGAUUGAUUGAUGAUGAAAAGGGAAAAAGAAGCGUGGCUAGAAAAAGUAUAUACCCAAAUCAUUUAAGUUCCGAACAAUUUUCAAUGGAAUCUCUAAUUUCUGGAAAACAAUUUUUACAAUUUCCUUUAAAAGAAUAUUUGAUAAAUAAUUUGAAGAAAAUGGAGGAGGAUGUUAUUUUGGAUAUGGCAAAGUCUCUAAUUGAAAGGAUUGUUAAAAAUGGUGAUGUUAAAGAAGGAACGAAUUUUGAAAGGGUAUUUAUCAUUUUUGUUUUUUUAAGAUUGGUAUGGGAAAUCACCAAAAAAAUAGGUCGGAAUGCCCCUCAAUUCACGGCUUUCUUUUCUAAAGUUUGUAGAAUUCAUAGGUUGCUUGACUUUACUUUGGUUUUUAUGGAUUGUUGUGCUGAAAUAAUUAAUGGAUCCAUUUCUACUAAAAUGAUUGAAUCUUUACAAGAAUUAUACAAGGAAUUGGAAAAUUUGUUAACAAAUGCUGAAACUUCACAAAAAAAUUCUUCAGAAAUUUUGUUCAAAUCGAAGAUAAUUCCAACGGCUCCUUUAACUGAUUAUUAUAUGGAAAGAAUUGAAUUGAGAAAAAUAUGA